GGCGGCGCCCUGACCGUGUGGGCCGGCCCCGCUGCCCCCGUCCCUGGCGCCGCCGCUGCCGCCGCUCCUUCACUGUCACCGCCUUCGCUGUCACCGCCUUCGCUGUCGCCUCCACCGCCACCGCCACCGCCACCGCCACCAUGCACUCGGACGAUGUUGUCUGGAGCAUGCUGGGGAACAGGCAGUUCUGCUCCUACAAGAUGACCACCAAAACGCAGAACUUCUGUCGCAACGAGUACAACCUGACGGGGCUGUGCAACCGCUCCUCCUGCCCGCUGGCCAACAGCCAGUACGCCACCAUCCGCGAGGAGAAAGGUCGGUGUUACCUGUACAUGAAGACGAUCGAGCGGGCGGCGUUUCCCCGGCGCCUCUGGGAGCGGGUCCUGCUAAACAAGAACUACGAGAAGGCUCUGGAGCAGAUCGAUGAGAACCUCAUCUACUGGCCACGGUUCAUCCGGCACAAGUGCAAGCAGAGGUUCACCAAGAUCACGCAGUACCUGAUCCGCAUCCGCAAGCUGACCCUCAAGAGACAGAGGAAGCUCGUCCCGCUGCGCAGGAAGAUUGAGAGGCGGGAGAAGAGGCGAGAGGAAAAAGCCCUGAUUGCUGCUCAGCUGGAUAAUGCCAUCGAGAAGGAACUGCUGGAGAGGCUGAAGCAGGACACAUAUGGAGACAUUUACAACUUCCCCAUCCACGCCUUUGACAAAGCCCUCCAACAGCAAGAGGCAGAGAGCGAGAGCGAGUCAGAUGCAGAGAGGGAAGAGGAGGAGGAUGAGGACGUGGACACAAGGGAGUUUGUGGAAGCAGAGGACAGUGAGCUCAGUGACUUUGAGGAUAUGGAUAAGUUGGAGACAAGUAGUGAAGAGGAGGAGGAAGUAGAGAAGAAAGCCUCUCACUCCAAAUCUAAAGGGAAAACGCCCCUGAAAGGACCAGCCAGGAGAAAACGUCCCUACAUUGAAAUAGAGUAUGAGGAAGAAACAGAGCCAACCACCAAAACAAAAGCAGCCUGAGGCCUCCCUGAUUCAAUUUUGUACUGACUGACAGGACUCCAGAUCUGUCACCAGCUUUCACCACUGUGCAGGACCUUCAGUAACUCGUUUUAUACUCCAGAUGAAAAACUUCCUCCAAGAAAAGCAGGGUUUCUGUCCCAACCCCAGGCAAUGGCAGCAAGUUUGUACAACUGGGUGAAGCACAGUUGUAAGGAAGAAGAUCCCCCACCUUCUCUACAGCCACGAGAAGCUCAGCUUGGACUGUGCUCCAGGAAGGAGCCUGGCCUGGGGGGCACUGCUGCUUUGGGCCAUGGCUGGAGAGGCCACACGUGGCCCAGGGAGUACACACCUGUAUUCUGGGGGACAUGGCAGGUAUGGGGCCAACAGGUGGGACAAGACAGACAGUAAUUUUAAAUAAAUAAAGCAGUUUUACUGUACAAAA